UCAUAACCUAACUUUUUCGAUAAUGACGUCUGUCAAAAUAAGGAACACGUAGAACAAAUCUUGUAAAGUAGUAAUUACAUGAAUUAGAUACUAAUUUUACUACGUAAAGAUGUCGAUUAGACAAAAACAAAUCAAUGCUUUGAAGCAAAUGUUAAAUUUAAAUCAACCGCAAAAUAAAUUGGGUGCUUCUGAACCUGUAUGGAAAGUGUUGGUUUAUGAUCGCGUAGGACAAGAUAUAAUUUCGCCCUUAAUAUCGGUUAAAGAAUUAAGAGAGUUAGGGGUUACAUUGUACGUUCAGUUACAUUCCGAUCGAGAUCCAAUCCCAGAAGUUCCAGCAAUUUAUUUUUGCGUCCCAAACGAAGAGAAUUUGGGCCGCAUUAGCCAAGAUUUUCAAAAUGGUACUUACGACAUUUACCAUUUAAAUUUUAUCUCGCCUAUUUCGCGACAAAAACUCGAAGAUUUAGCCUCCGCCGCGAUCCAAGCAAACUCAGUGGCCAACAUCCACAAAGUGUACGAUCAAUACAUUAAUUUCAUAUCGCUCGAAGAUGAUAUGUUUAUUUUAAAGCAUCAAAACAGCGAUGAUUUAUCUUAUUACGCUAUAAACAGAGGUGAAAUUAAAGACACGGAAAUGGAUUUGAUUAUGAAUUCGAUGGUUGAUAGCUUAUUUUCCUUUUUUGUUACAAUGGGGAGUGUUCCGAUUAUACGAAGCCCCAAAGGAAACGCGGCCGAGAUGGUCGCUAAACAAUUAGAUAAAAAAUUAAGGGAUAAUCUAUUUGACGCGAGAAAUAAUUUAUUUCAAAAUGAUGCCCAAGCGGGUAAUUUUAAUUUCCAAAGACCGCUGUUGAUUAUUUUGGAUAGAAACGUUGAUAUGGCAACUCCGUUACAUCACACUUGGACUUAUCAAGCUUUAGCUCACGACGUUUUGGAUUUAACGCUAAAUCGGGUUGUUAUUGAAGAACCGGCCGUUGGUGGGGCUCGCUCGAAAACACGGCCAUGCGAAUUAGAUUCAAAAGACAAGUUUUGGUCGUCUCAUAAAGGUUCACCAUUUCCAACGGUUGCGGAAGCGAUUCAAGAAGAAUUGGAGCAAUAUAGAUCAUCAGAGGAGGAAGUUAAAAGGUUAAAAAACUCGAUGGGUAUUGAUAACGACACGGAUCUUGCUGUAUCUAUGGUUUCGGAUAACACGGCUAAGAUAACAUCAGCUGUUAAUUCGUUACCACAGUUAUUAGAGAAGAAGCGAUUAAUCGAUAUGCACACAACGAUAGCGACGGCUAUUUUAAAUUAUAUUAAGUCGAGGAAAUUGGAUAGUUUCUUUGAGUUGGAAGAAAAAAUUAUGAGUAAGGUGUUAACGGAAAAAAAUUUGAUGGAUAUUAUUCAAGAUCGAGAAACGGGAACCGUCGAGGAUAAAAUGAGAUUAUUUAUAAUUUAUUUUAUUUGUACUCCAAGUAUUACAGAAGGGGAGUUUAAAAAAUUCGAGGGGGUUUUAGCUGAAGCCGGUUGUGACACUUCCGCUAUGAAUUUUAUUAAAAGGUGGCGAAAUUUUUCUAAGAUGACUUCGCCAAGUAAUCAAUACGAAGGGAGCGGGACUAAAACGGUUAAUAUGUUUUCGAAAUUAGUUUCGCAAGGAUCUUCUUUUGUGAUGGAAGGUGUUAAAAAUUUAGUCGUUAAAAGACACAAUUUACCCGUUACAAAAAUAGUGGAUCUUUUAAUGGAAUUUAAAAGUAGUUCCGAAAUGGAUGAGUAUCAUUAUUUGGAUCCAAAACAAUUACGUUUAACGGAUAUUCCAAGAAAUCGCUCCCCAUUUCAAGACGCGAUCGUUUUUAUUGUUGGAGGUGGAAAUUAUAUUGAAUAUCAAAAUUUGGUGGAUUACGCAAAACAAAAAAGUAUCUCUGGAAACGUGAAGCGAAUCGUUUAUGGUUGUUCAACGUUGAAUAACGGAAAACAAUUUUUAAAGCAAUUAUCUAUGUUGGGGAGGGAAAUGUAAUAUUGGGGAAAAAAAGAAUUAUUUUAAAAAUAUAUUUAAGGUGUAUAAACA